AGGACAUCAAUUGCAAUUCUCGUCCGCCGAUCCCUAUCAAGGAAUCUUUUGUCUCUCUGCUCAUCUGUCGACGAUUCAGUUGUACAUUCUUGUCUGAUCUGCUCUAAUGUUGUAUUGUUGUCAACCAGCCAUGGUCCUAUCGGUGACUCGGGUGGCUCAGCUUCUCGUCAUUGCCACUUUUUUUUGGUCUGCAAUCCAAUACGGACAAUAAUGUAUCUGUCCGUUAUGUACUAGUCCUUACUCAGGACGCCCCAUAUAAGAUGGCACUCAACAAGGACGCAUUUCCAAGCCAUGAUCAGGGCUGCGACCCGGAUGCUCAAGCUCAAGUACAAGAUAUACCCCACGGCCAGGUCCAAGAGGUACCAACGGAGGAUAACCAAUCGCCUAUCUGCCGCGUCCAUCCUCCAGCCGCGACCGAGGACGAAAUCGAACCACCAUGGGUAUGGGGCCCAAAGCACACACUACUUCUGCGAGAGCCGGAGGAACCGUCCUUCCCCCCAGACAACGACGACCCCGAUCCACUACUCUUCGUCGACCCAUGGGAUUUCCUCCUAGUCCACUCCGAGGGUUUACCCCACCCCAACUCGGAACCUCCUCCAGACUCGGUCCCCAGGCUUGGUUCCUUUGACUUCGAACUGGCAGAGUCGUCGUCUCUGGAACUAGACCCGAGUCCGAGCGAGGUAAUGCUGUACUGUUCCAGCCUUUCUGGCUCAUGGUCCCAUGCUUGACAUCGUGCAAGCCACCAUGAAUCAGACCCCCAAGUGAUCGUGUUGUGACAGUCUAUUCCUCCUUAUUCUUGUAAUGAUAAGGAAUCUUACAAGAAUCAUGUUCCAUCAUCUCAUCCCGGGUCUAUUGCUGUUUUUCACAAUACAGCCAGUGCAUCGAAAGAUCCAGCCCCUUGAUCAGUUACCAUUACACUUCGAACAUGAAUGUAAAGAC